AUGCCACGCAUUCAGCCGUCUUUGCUACGGCAAGCUAAUCGCCUUUCGCCUCACCUUGCAAGCCUGCUCCCAGCUUGCCGAGACCUGGCGUCGGCCCAGAAUGAGCUACGGUGGUUGAAGAGUCAUGUCGAAGAAACGUGGUCCCGUCGCAAAACAUGGCACUUGAACAACCUAUGUCGAAAGAGAGGACGCGGUGAACCUCUUCAGUAUAUCAUCGGCUCUCAACCAUUUGGAUCUCUUGAUAUCAAGUGUAAACCUGGUGUUCUGAUACCUAGAUCGGAAACUGAAGCAUACACUUUCCACCUGGCAAACCUUGUCAGAUCAGGCGAAUUGCUGGGUCAACACGUAAGAAAGAGUGGCCAUGGAGUGAACUUAAUCGACUUCUGCACAGGAACUGGCUGUAUUCCUCUUGGUUUUUUCUCAUCCCUCCAGCGCUCAGUUGAAAACCUGACUGUGAGAGGGGUGGAUAUUUCACCGGUUGCCCUUCGACUUGCGCAGGAGAAUAUUUCGCGGAAUGUCAACCUCCAGACCCUGAUCAAGCCGACUAAACACAAGCGGCUUGACAUCACAAGGGCCAAUGUGUUUAGUGAUAGCGACAUGCAGCAACUCGCAGUCACUCCCUGGGACAUUCUCGUCUCUAACCCACCGUACAUCUCAGAGGAUGUCUGGCAUCACGGCCGCGGACAGCUGGGAUACUCAGUUCGAAAAUACGAGCCUCGUCUUGCGCUGGUACCUAACAACGAUCUCCCUUGUCCGAGUGGAUGCAAUCCAGCGGAUGUCUUUUAUGCUCGGCUUCUGGACAUUUCGGAGCUCUUAAAGCCGAAGGUGAUACUUUUCGAAAUUGGCGACGAGAACCAGGCCCGUCGUGUGUUGCAGCUGUACUUUUCUCACCCAAUUGCUUCAAAUUCAAGAGUUAAGAUCUGGCGUGACUGGCCUGAUGUGGAGGGAACUGAAGACAAAGAGAUCAUGUUGAACAUGGUGAACACUGAAGGGUCAGAGAGUGAGUGGCGAGUUCCAGUGAAGGGUGAUGGUCUCAUACGGUCUAUUCUAAUUCGCAACAUCGAUGGGGCACAGUGA